GCACUAAGCAGAAGUAAUCUGAAGACUAUAUAAGAGGCAGGCAGACACUGCCAGUAAACAAGACAAAGGAGAUGAGGUGUUGAGAUGUCUGCUUUCAAAAAGAGGAGUACUAUGGAGCACACAGAAGAAGACCUAGCUAUUGUAGGCAUCGGAUGUAACUUUCCUGGAGGCGAGGGAAUAGAAAACUUCUGGAAGGUUCUUCUGGAGGGAAGGAACUGUGCAGUGGAGAUCCCGAAUGAGAGGUUCAGCAGCAAGUCCUGGUACGAUCCUGAUGACAGCAAGGCAGGAAAAUCACGGACCGCUAAAGCUGCUCUCAUCGAUGGGUUCAACGCAUUUGACCACAAGUUCUUUGGCAUUACCGAGGCUGAGGCUGACCGCAUGGAUCCUCAGCAGAAACUGCUCCUGGAGUGCACCUACAGGGCCCUGGAGGAUGCUGGGAUACCAAUGGAGAAAGCCAGCGGAACCAGAACAGGAGUUUACAUUGGUCUCAUGAACAGAGAUUACGAAGGACUUUUAAGCAACAGUCCCACCACAAUAAACCACUACAAUGGCACGGGGACAGCAAUGAGCAUCGCCGCCAAUCGGAUUUCCUACACCUUCAACUUCACGGGGCCCUCGUUCGCCAUCGACAGCGCCUGCUCCUCUUCGCUCGUGGCUCUUCACUCUGCCUGCCAGGCCAUCAGACAAGGGGACUGCGAAAUGGCGAUUUGUGGAGGUGUCAGCUGCAUUAUUGAGCCACGAGUCUUUGUCGCCCUCAGCAAAGCAAAAAUGAUUUCGCCUGAAGGCACCAGCAAGCCCUUCUCCAGCAAAGCAGAUGGCUAUGGAAGAGGGGAGGGCUGUGGGAUUGUCUUACUGAAGCCCCUGCAAAAGGCUAAGAGGGAUUUUGACCACGUGUGGGGCAUCGUAAGCAGCACUGCUGUAAAUCAAGAUUGCCGCUCUGUCACCCCAAUCACCAAGCCAUCCAUGGCCCAACAGCAGGAGCUCCUUCGCACAAUUUACCCUGCACAGAUUGAUCCAUCACAUGUCCAGUACGUGGAGGCUCAUGGGACUGGAACAGAGAAGUGGGUAGAGACUGGGCCGCUGGGAAGGGCUGCAGGCAUCAAUAACUUUGGCUUUGGAGGCACCAACGCUCAUGCUGUCGUGAAGCAGUACAGACAACAGCAAGAUGUUAGGUCAAGAACUAACACUGCGCCCAAACUGUUUGUUCUGUCCACAGCCACAGAAAAGUCUCUUAAAAUGAUGAUGGAAGACACAGUCCAAAAGAUCAGCAAUGACAACACAGUUGAUCUACAAGCUCUAGCUUAUACAUCUGCAUGUAGAAGGACUCACUUGAGGCACAAAUACAGAAGAGCCUUUGUUGCGUCUUCUAUCAGUAAUUUAGUAGAGCAGCUUAAAUCUGCAACAACCAAGAGCAUUUCUCAGUCAAAGUCAGACCCCAGGUUGGUUUUUGUGUUUUGUGGCAAUGGAGUUACCUACCGAGGCAUGUGCAAGCAACUGUUACAAGAGGAGUGUGUUUUCAGGGAGAAGGUGAAAGAGAUAGAUGAGAUUUUCCACAACUACAGGAUCUUGAAUCUCCUGGAGAAACUAGACAGUGAUUAUGACAACGAUGAUUACUCCAAACCAGAUGUUGUCCAGCCACUUCUCUUUGCUGUCCAGGUUGCUAUUGCCAGCCUUUUCAAGCACUGGGGUGUCAAAGCAGACGCCAUGGUUGGGCACUCUGUGGGAGAGGUGGCUGCUGCACAUUGUUCUGGACUGCUGUCCCUGGAGGACGCAGUUAAGGUCAUUUACUUCCGCAGUGCUCUUCAGGCCACAGCAACUGGUGGGAAAAUGCUUGUGGUCAGUAACAUAAGUGUGACAGAGAUCUCAAAACUCCUGCCCGCAUAUUCAGGGAAGCUUUGUCUUGCUGCCUACAACAGCCCUAGAUCAUGCACCUUGUCAGGGGAUGCAGAUGCUAUAGAAAGUAUACAUCAGAAAUUGAAAACAUCAUUCAGCGGCAAGAAUUUAUUUCUUCAUGUUUUGGACGUUCCAGCUGCGUACCACAGCCACAUGAUGGAUCCAAUUUUAAGGCCAAUUGAAGAGAACAUCGGCAUGUUGACACAACAGCCAAUGGGGGUAGAGCUGUUCUCAACUGUGACAGGAAACGUUUGUUCUCCAGGUGAUUUUAUCACAGGCGAAUACUGGGCGAGAAACAUUCGAGAGCCAGUAGCUUUUGAGCAGGCAGUGAAAUCUGCUGCGAAAGACAAGAGGAAUGUAGUUUUUGUAGAAAUUGGUCCAAGAAGAGCACUGCAAAGGAAUAUCCUGGAGACACUAGGGAAUGAGGCCACGGUAUUCUCAUCUGUGCAGCCAGAGAAAGACCACGAGGCAUUGCUCACUGUCACAUCAAAGCUUUUUGAGCUGGGCCUCCAAGUCAACUGGGAGCAACUUUUUGAAGGAUGUGAGACAAUACCAACACCAUUUCCAAGAUAUCAGUUUGACAGUCUGAAGAAAGAGGUGUACUUUGAGUUGGUAAGGAAGGGCAAUGAAACUGUGUCAGUUUCCAAUCACCCUGUGCUGAUGCAGACCGGCAACGACGACAAAGAAUUCAGUUGCAACAUUUCAGGAGACUCUGUGUCUUAUAUAUCUGAACACAAAAACAAUGGUGUUGUUAUAGUUCCAGGUGCCUUCUAUGUUGAAAUGGGAUUGGCAUCAUUCAUGGCCAGUGUGAGACCAAAAGUAACACUUAGGUCAAUGCAGCUCACCAUUCAUUUCCAGAGUCCUUUCAUUUUGAGCAAGAACCCCCUUGAGAUGAAAGUACAGCUCGAACCAACAGGCAAUGCAACGAUGUUUAAAGUAAAGUCUGCAGUAGCCACUUAUGCAUCUGGGAGAAUUGAGCAUAGCACAGAACGAACUAUUAAAGAAAAGAAAAUCUUACUGGACCUUAUCUUCAAAAGAUGUCCCUUGGUAGUAAAGUCAGGGGAUGUCUACAAAAAACUUUCUCAGGUAGGAUUCCAGUAUGGGUCGGUUUUCAGAAACCUUGGAGAUGUGCAUUAUGGGGAAGAGUUCAGGGAAGCUCUCACGAGUGUGAAGGUCCCAGAUGAAACUGUAAACCAGCUGCAUGACUACUGCAUACACCCUGUAGUGUUAGAUUAUUUCUUACAGAUGACCGCUGUUGUAGCAGCGAACGGCUUUAAGGCAAGACCUGGGUUUCCUUCAGCCAUAGGCAGCCUGACAGUUGUAAAGCCAUUGGAGGAGGAAAUGAUUAUGUAUUUAAGGACAACCAAAGCAAACUCUGACUAUCUUGAGGUGUGUGGUUGCUUCACAAACAAAGAAGGCUGUGUUUUAGUUGAACUUAAACAUGUGAGGAUUACAUUUUUAAAAAAUACAUCUUCAGUUUCUGAAGAAUACUUCUUUCACAAUGAGUUGACAGCAAUUUCAGAGGAUUUCAACUCUAGCCACAGGUCAGUGGCUCUGGUCUUUGCAGACCAGUUAGGAGUGGCCCAGGCCUUGCGACAGCACUUACAUCAUAGCUGUACCUACAUUCCUUUCCAAGACUCUGGGAAAUUUGCAGACCGUGAGCUUCCUGCAUUGAUUUCACAACUACAUGUUCCAGGCAGGCAGUACAAAGAGGUUUUGUUCUUGUGGGGGAUUCAGAACCUCAAUAAUCUGACAACAGAGGAGGUUCUUGAGUGCUUGGUUUGCUGUUGUGAAGUUUACCGCCAGAUUGUUAAAACAAUGAAAGAGAAAAAAUCCCCUAAUGUCAUCAGAGCUGUCACGUACAGAUCAACAGAGAACACAGUUGACCACAUUAGCCCAGGCUUUGUGCUUUCCGGUAUGAUAAGGUCUUGUGCAGCAGAAAUUCCUGGUCUCACAUUCCAGCUGAUUGAUAUUGGUUCUGUAAGUAGUGAGGACAUUACAGCACUGGCUCAGAUUAUUAAUUCACACACAGGCCACAGGUACCCAGAAGUUGUAAUAAGCAAAGGCCAGAUUUUUACAACUGAAAUUACACGCACAGCAAUUAAAAAUGUAAGGAAAACUCAAAGAAAGGUCUUGUCUUCAGAUCCAGAAUGUUUCUUGCUGCAGACUGCCAAUCCGUACAAAAUGACAGGCUUGAGUGCCAGUCCCUCUACUGAUACGGAGAAGCCUUCUAUGACACAAUGUGUAGCGGUUCAGAUGAAUACAAUGUGUGUUCACUCCUCAGAGUACUUUCCCGUCAGUCUCUCGGAUUUGGAAUUUGGCCAGACGAUAUACUGGAGUGAACACGCAUCUCAAAACCACAAACUCCUAGCACUCGACUUCAGUGGUAAAGUUACAGCUGUGGGUAGUGAUGUAAGCAAACUGAAAGUAGGAGAUCACAUUGUCUCCUGCUACCCUGUGGUUGCUUCCUCCAAAGUCACAAUUCCUGAAGCUGUGUGCUAUAAUACAAAGAAAUUCCCCUUUCUUGUGGAAGUGCCAUGUUUAUCCUUCUUUAUACUGUCUUGGGAAAUCCUGCAUUGUGCAUUGCCCAGACUGAAACAGCAGAGGAAGCUGGGUAUUGUCUGCACUGCACCAGAGUCAAGCCUGCUCCAGGUUUUGGUGCUUGCAGCUAAUAAAUCAGGAUGGGUUGCUGUAGUUGGAACACAGUUCAGUGGACUGUUACAGAACAUAAACAGGUGUGAUGCUUUCGUUUUCUUGCCUCCCUUUGAUGCAGAUUCAGUUGCAAAGGCAUGUAGCGUUUCUAGUGCCAAACACAUCAUUGUUGUCUGUGAUAAUCAGCUGUCACCUGCUUUCUCGCAGAAAAUCUUUCCAAGUAAAAAUGAAAAUGUUUGCAUUCAGCUCCUUCAGGUAUUUCAUGUUUUUCAAAAGGCCCAUCUUAAGAAACAGAAAUCAAAAAUCUAUAAAUGGAUAAAGUCAUUGAAUUUGGACAAGAAAUCUUUAGAUUUCCACACUCUUGAUGAGUCUCAAUCUUAUUUCUCCUGUAAGACGAUGCCUGUAGUUGUUCUAGAAUCGGCACCAAAGAAGAAUAUUUCUGAUAUUCCAGUGCUCGAGACUGAAAAGCAGCUUUUCCAGCAAAACUCAGUUUAUAUAGUGACAGGGGGGCUUUCGGGUUUGGGAUUUGAGACAGUAAAGUUUAUUGCAGAACGGGGAGGGGGGUGUAUCGCCAUUCUUUCCAGAAGUGCUCCUUCAGCAGAAAAGAAGAUAGAGAUCACUGAUCUGCAGAACCAUUUCGGGGUUUCUGUAAUCAGCUUGCAGUGUGAUGUUUCAGUUUCUGAAGAUGUUAUGAAAGCCAUCACAGAUAUUGGACAGAGGUUUCCUUCUUGUCCCAUCAGAGGGGUUUUCCACAGUGCAGUUGUCUUGCGUGAUGGAUUAAUUGACAUUCUGGAAAAAUCACACUUUGAAAAAGUUCUGAGACCUAAAGUUAAUGGUGUGUUGAACCUGCACUAUGCAACAAGAUAUUGUAAACUGGAUUAUUUUGUGUGUUACUCCUCCAUUACCUCCUUUAUUGGAAAUUCAGCUCAAACAAACUAUGCAGCAGCAAAUUCAUUUCUGGAUGUGUUUUGCCAUUACCGGAGAAACCUUGGACUUUCUGGGCAGUCCAUUAAUUGGGGGGCUUUGAAUCUUGGUCUCCUGCUGAACCGGGAACAUUUCCAACGAUUUCUUGAGGCAAAGGGAAUGAUGAUCAUGGAAGUACCAGAGAUUCACGAGUGUCUUGAACACUGCUUGCUGCAGAACAAUGCUCAGCAGGUUGUGUGCAAGUUCAGCUUCAAGAACCUAAGCAAUCAUGUUCUUUCUCAAAAUGCCUCUUUAAGAAUGCGCUUACUGGCUUUGGUGACAGAAGAACUGAAAAACACAAGAGAAACUGAACCUCAGGUAGAAGAAAGUACUCUUGCCUCUUCAGCUGAUGAGUAUGUUAAGUCUCUGCUCUGUGAAGUAGGCAAUGUUGAUGUUGUUGAGAUGAGAAGUGACACAGGACUUUCUGCAUUGGGUAUUGACUCAAUGUUAGCGAUGACGCUACAAAACCGCAUCUUUCAAGAUAGAAACGUGAAUGUUCCCCUCAUCAAACUUCUCGAUCCAAGCACAACCGUUUCCUCUCUAGUUUUGGUUCUCCAGGAAGACACUGAGAGAAAAUUUCAAAAUGAGGAUCAGAAAAUGACUUUGAGCACAACUGAGAAAAGUAGAGAUUAUGAGUUCACUCAGUUUUAAAUAUUUAAACAAACU